AUGGAAAACAGCGACCAAAUUUCUCACGUCAUUUGUUUCCGUGACUGGAUGGAUCUCCAAGAGCGUGACCUCUCGGAGCUUCUCCAUUCUCUCACCCUCACCAAUGGAAAUGUCGACGACGACGAUGACAAUGUCGUCCUUCGCGACCUCAUUAACAAGACCAUCAACCACUUCGAAGACUACGUGCACCGCCGCGCCGGCGAUGCUCCCGCCGACGUCUCCCCCUACUUCUGCUCGGCCUGGUGCUCGUCGCUUGAGGGCUCAAUGCUCUGGGCCGGAGGCUGCCGGCCGUCCAUGUUUAUCCGGCUAAUUUACGCCCUGUUUUCGACCGGCGACGUACUACAGUUCUGCCUCGCCGACGCCGGCGAUCAAAAUGCGAUCGGCGAUGACGAGCUCCUGUCGGCCGAUCAGCUUGUUCUGAUCAACAGCCUGCAGCUCACGACAAUCCAGGAGGAAGACAGGAUUUCAAGAGAGUUAGCCAGUUUGCAGGAGGAGGUUGCAGAUCAGCCGAUCGUCUUCAUCGCGAGGGACCUCCUGCGGCAUAGAGACGCCGGCGAUGAAGCCGAUGCGGCGCUGGAAGUAAUCGACGUGGCCCUGACGAAAAUUCUGCUACAGGCGGAUAACCUGAGGCUGAAUACUCUCAAGGAGCUUUUGGGCAUGCUGACGCCGAUUCAGGGCGUGCGUUUUCUCGCCAUGGCUAAGAAGCUUCAUCUUUGCUUCCAUCAAUGGGGCCAGAGAAAGGAUCAUCUCCAUGGGAGGAACUGAACUGAACUGAACUAUAUAUGCAGUAAAUCUAUAUAAAUGUGCUUUGCUAUAUAAAAGUAUGUAUUGUUUUGUGUUGUAUAUGUAUGGUUAGUAUACUGAAAAUCAAUAAUAUAUACGAGUUUUUCUAAUUUCAAUUUUAUAUUCCGUAAUAAUAUAUAUGUUAAUUCCUCUCGA